AUGUCCGCCGUCUCGUCAUCAGUCAUGAAUCUCCAGGGCCAGGGGAUACGUCAAUCUGCUCGACAGACUCGAACAAACCCCUCUCGAACCUCCAAAACAACCGGCCGGUCAUCAUUGGGCUUUGGUCGAGGCUCGACAGUCGAGAUUCCCUCAACUCCCCCUGUUCCUGCUGGCUUCUACCCUGCCCUCACCCAUUUUACCGACGCGAUCACUGCCCUCCCACGCGAGUUUCGCCGACACAACUCAUUGCUGAAGGAAGUUGACGCUAAAGCAUGGGCGCUUGAGGAGAAUUUACUUGAGUUGCUGCAGGUUUCUUCUGAGUCGCAACCCGUACCUCAUCCUACCCACCCGGCGCCUAUUGUCGGGGGUGUGGUUCGGGAGGAUGUCUUGCCACAGGAGCUUUCUCAGGUAUCCGAGUCGCCCGAGAGCCAAAACCGCCGACUCCUCUUCGAUCGCGUCCGACAAAACCUCUCUGAUCUCAUGAUGACCGCGGACGAAAAGAACCAUGUGAUCUCAAACGCAAACGAAGAGUUGGACCGCCAAAUCGUCCGCCUGGACACCGUCUUCCCGUUCAUUGCCGGCGAGAUAAGCGACGAGGCCCGCCUGGGUAGCUUGACGCACUGGGCCUACUCAAAUAAGACUGCUGCAAAGGCUGCGACCAAUGACCGACCGCGCCGGGAAGCUGUGAACCAACGACAAGACUUGGCGGCUGUGCUUCACGAGGCUGAAGCCGCUAGUCGCAGCGAGGUAAGGCGCGAAGCUGUCCAGGCGCGCAAAAUGCGUCGCAACAACGUUGAUGCGGACUAUGAGGACACCCGUGCCCCUCGCAAGACGAAUGCCGCCAAAUCCCGAGGAGAACACACAACGGCAGAUCAGAGCGCCGCCGCCAAGCGCCGUAAGGUGGAACGGCCUGCGGCCAUGGACAUGGGUACACCGAUGGAGCGCUCCGCCAGCGGCGCAGGAAGCCAGCGGGUUUUAUCCAAGGAUGGCGCAGAGAAAAAACGAUCUCGCGCGCCCAACCCCAAUGCCGCCGCAGCGCGAAAGAAGUAUGUAUACUCCUCCACCCCGAUGACGCGAACUAACCUCCCCUCAAGGACCAAUACGACAUCCAACGCUGGGUCACCUGUACUGGCACCUUCUCCUCUUAUCGGGACUUUCAAUGCCCCGCGGGGUGCCGCCAGCCCUGGACCCAACCCAGCUCGACCGCAAACCUCGAGAACUCAACAGAAUGCAGGACAAACUAGCAACUCUCGACAGCGGCCCUCAUCUUCGGCAUCAAAUCGCCUUGGCCAGCCAAAUACCUCCAAACCCUCCGACGCCAGAUCCACACCCCGAGACGGCCCCCUCAAGAACGAAGUCGCCAUUCCUGACGCACGAGACUAUGAAGAAAGCAGCCGAGUCUCUGUCCCAACGGGGAACAAACGCGAAGAUAUGGACGUACGACCCACAGACCCCCAGGAGUCCGAGACGAGCAAGGGACGAAACUCCAAGACCUCCACACCCAUCCUCUCCACAUUCGCCGAAACGCAGUCUCGCGCACGACCAACGCGAAGUAAUGACACGGCACCUAAGCGUAACGCAAAGAAACCCGCCAUCCCCGCGCCAGCCAUUCCCUCAGACGAAGAGUCCCUUCACGAAGGCGACGACGAAGACGAGGAGGGCGAGCCCCGGUACUGCUACUGCGACCAGGUCAGUUUCGGCGAGAUGGUCGCAUGCGAUAAUGACGCCUGCCCGCGCGAAUGGUUCCAUCUGUCUUGCGUAGGGUUAACCAAACCACCCGGGAAGAAUGUAAAAUGGUACUGUAACGAAUGCAAAGAAAACAUGCGACGGAGUCGCAACGGGCGGUAA